AUGGAGGUGACGCCGAGCCACACACAGGCCGUGAGCGGGUGGGCGGCCAUGGACGAGUCCGGCAAGGUUGUGCUCUUCUCCUUCAAGCGGAGGGAGAACGGCGUGGACGACGUGACGAUCAAGGUACAAUACUGCGGGAUGUGCCACACGGACCUCAACUACAUCAACAACGCCUGGGGCAACACCAUAUACCCCGUCGUCCCGGGCCACGAGAUCACCGGCGUCGUCACCAAGGUCGGCACCAACGUGUCCGGCUUCCAUCCCGGCGACCGCGUCGGCGUGGGAGGCAUUGCUGCGUCGUGCCUCGACUGCGACCACUGCCACCGGUCCGAGGAGAACUACUGCGAUAAGAUGACGUUCACCUACAACAACAUCUCCUCGGACGGCAGCAUCACCUACGGCGGAUACUCCAAUAUGCUGGUGGCGGACAAGAGGUUCAUCGUCAGUAUUCCGGACAGCCUGCCGCUGGACGCGGCGGCGCCGCUGCUGUGCGCAGGGAUCACGGUGUACAGCCCGAUGAAGCAGCACGGUAUGCUGCAGGGGGAGGCGGGACGGAGGCUCGGGGUGGUCGGGCUGGGUGGCCUCGGCCAUGUCGCCGUCAAGUUUGCCAAGGCCUUCGGGCUCCACGUCACCAUAGUCAGCACGUCGCCGGCGAAAGAGCGCGAGGCCAGGGAGAGCCUUAGGGCAGACGACUUCGUCCUCAGCACCGACCAGAAACAGAUGCAGGAUAUGGCGAGGAGCCUUGACUAUAUCAUCGACACGGUGUCGGCGCAACACUCGCUAGGACCCCUCUUGGAGCUGCUCAAGGUGAACGGCAAGCUGGUGCUCGUCGGUGCCCCUGACAAGCCCGUGGAACUCCCGUCAAUACCGCUUAUCUUCGGAAAGAGGACGGUGAGCGGGAGCCUGACGGGAGGCAUGAAGGAGACGCAGGAAAUGAUGGACCUGUGCGGGAAACACAACAUCACCUGCGACAUCGAGCUUGUCUCAGCUGACAAGAUCAACGAGGCACUGGCAAGGCUCGCACUAAACGACGUCCGCUACCGUUUCGUGGUUGAUAUCGGCUCCACGCUCUAG